AUGGAGUUUGGUAAUCGAUCUGUGGAUUUUAAUAUGGAUGAUGAGAGUUGUAUAUUUUUACGUCAGAUCAACAAAAUGAAAGCUGCUAAGGCAAGGUUUAAUAGAAUGAAUGUCCUCGGGCAGAAGAAGGCAAAGCGGUUGAAGAGAGCAAACAAAGAGAACGAGUGUUUCUUCUCUCCAUCUUCCGUCCAACAAUCUUCGUCGUUCCGAACACCUUUAUCAACAAUAACUAUGAAUACCAUCAACAUUUCCUCAUCAUAUUCACCUAACCACUUUCAACCAUCUUCUUCAAGUCCCCAACCUUCAAACAGAUUGGGUCUGAAUCUAACAAACAAAGAUAAUGACUUUUUCUUCUCUCCAAUUUCCGUCAAACAAUCUUCCUCCAUCCGAACACCGUUAUCAACCAUAACAAUGAAUACCAUCAACGUUACUGAGUCAUCUUCACCUAACACAUGUCAACCAUCUUCUUCAAGAACUCAACCUUCAACUGUUGGGAUUUUAAAAUCUCGGAGACCCAUCACAUAUCGUACGAACGGGCUGGGUUUGAAUUUGACAAAAAAAUUUAACAGCACCGUCAGUGGUUCAAAUGAUCAUCCUGAGGUUUCUGCAACUCCUGUCCCGGCCACGGACAAUAGCAAUUUAUUUUCGGAUUCUGAUGACAAUAGUACAGAAAGUUUUGAAACGGACUCCGAUAUUGAGUACCCGGAUGAAUGUAAUAACAUCUCUACAGACAUGCAUUCUGCAUCGACUUCUUCAAAUGGAUACUACGAUGUAGGAGACGCUGAUUCUGUAUGUCAACAAUGCGGUGCGCAAAUGUGGUAUCUUGAAAGAAAGGAUAAACAUCGGAAUAGAUCUAUUCCAAAAUUUUCAAUGUGUUGUCGAAAUGGCAAGAUUCAACUUCCAUUUCUCAAGAUGCCACCUAAAUAUCUGCAACAUCUCCUAUUUGACAGUGAUACGGUUCAGUCUCGCAAUUUCCAGCAAAACAUUCGAAUGUAUAACAUGAUGUUUGCAUUCACAUCUCCUGGUACUAAGAUGGAUAACCGUUUUAACAAUGGAGGUGGUCCUCCUACUUUCCGUAUUCAAGGGCAGGCCUGUCAUAGAAUUGGUAGUAUGUUACCCAUGCCGGGACAGACUCCAAAAUUUGCCCAGCUAUAUAUUUACGACACUGAACAUGAAAUACAACACAGGAUUAAUGGGAUGAGAACAAAAACUGGGGUUGACAUUGAUAUUGUUACAAAAUUAUCUCAAAUGUUGUACGAACACAACGUACAUGCUCAGUCUUUCCAAAUGGCAAGAGAUAUUUUGUCUCAACGAAGCGUAACAGAUUUGAAAUUGAGACUUAUUUCAGACAGAAAAACUGAUGGACGUAUUUAUAAUCAGCCAACUGUUUCCGAAGUUGCCGCAUUGAUAGUUGGUGAUGUCGAUACAGCUGAAAAAAGAGAUAUCAUAAUGCACAAACAGUCGGGCGAUCUUCAAAGAAUUGAUGAGUAUCAUAGUUCUUAUCUUGGAUAUCAAUAUCCAUUGCUUUUUCCAUAUGGCGAGGAUGGAUACAGGCCAAAUGUGAAACAUCGGGAUCACGGUCACGUGGUACGUUCCACCACACCAAACAGUCGUGUUGAAUUGGAAUACGAUGAUGUUCCAUGGGAAGAAGGUACAAAGAGAAACAGGCUAACGAUAAGAGAAUGGAUGGCAUUCCGAAUACAAUCAAGACUGAACGAGGCACCGACACUGUUAAGAGCGCGAAGGCUAUUCCAACAAUUUUUAGUUGAUGGUUAUACAAUGUUGGAAUCGGAGAGACUUAGAUGGCUUCGUAAAAAUCAAUCCAAAUUAAGGGUUGGAAAAUAUCACAAUUUGAAUGAGUUAAAUUCAAACAGUGUGACACAAGGCUCAAGCACCGGAAAAAGAGUUGUUUUACCGUCUUCAUAUGUUGGCAGUCGUAGAUAUAUGGAUCAACUGUAUUUUGACGGAAUGGCAAUUUGCAGCUAUGUUGGUUUUCCUGACCUAUUUAUUACAUUUACAUGUAAUCCAAACUGGCCGGAGAUACAGCGUUACGUAAGACAACCAAACUUGAAGCCGGCCGAUCGUCCAGACAUUAUUUGUCGAGUAUUUAAGAUGAAGUUUGAUGAGUUAUUGUCCGAUCUAACCAAGAAAUCUGUCAUGGGCAAGGUCCUUGCCUAUAUGUAUACCAUUGAAUUUCAAAAGAGGGGUUUGCCACAUGCUCACAUAAUAAUUUUUCUUCAUCCGACCAGCAAGUAUCCAAAUGCAGAGGAUAUUGAUAAAAUAAUUUCAUCCGAAAUACCUGACGAGAAUUCUGAUCACGAGCUCUAUAACUUGGUAAAGUCACAUAUGAUACACGGUCCAUGCGGAAGACUUAACCUAAAUGCUCCGUGUACAAGGGAUGGUAAAUGUUCCAAGUAUUUUCCAAAGGAGUUCCGUCCUCAAACAAUAGUCGAUCAAGAUGGCUUCCCUGUUUAUCGAAGAAGAGACAAUGGUCACACUGUGUUAAAGAAUGGAAUUCGGUUUGAUAACCGUCACGUUGUACCAUACAAUUCAGGAUUAUUAAAGAAGUUUCGAGGUCACAUAAAUAUGGAGUGGUGCAAUCAAAGUUCUUCGAUAAAGUAUCUGUUUAAAUACAUCAACAAAGGUUACGACAGAAUCACUGCUGCCGUUAUUAGGAAUGAUGAGGUGACCCAAAAUGCCCAAAAAAAUGUUGACGAGAUUAAACAAUAUCUUGAUUGCAGAUAUGUUUCUCCUUGCGAAGCAUGUUGGAGAAUAUUCUCUUUUCCCAUACAUGGAAGAAAACCCGCGGUUGAGAGGUUAUUUUUUCACUGCGAAGGAGAGAAUUCUGUGUUUUACAGAGACAUGGAUCGCUUAGAUACCGUGUUGGAAAAGCCAAGUGUCACAGAAUCAAUGUUUACUGCUUGGUUUGAGGCAAACAAAAAAUAUCCUGAAGCCAAGGAGUUAACAUACAGCAAGUUUGUUGGAAAGUUUGUUUAUGUAAAAAAAACAAGGGAAUGGAAACCGCGGAAAAAGGGUUAUACAAUUGGUAGAUUGGUAUGGGUUCCUCCAAGCUCGGGUGAGUUGUACUAUCUCAGAAUGAUGUUAACGCAUGUAAAAGGUCCACAUAGUUACGAAGACAUAAAAAUAGUUAACAACAAGAGAUGUAAUUCUUUCCGCGAUGCUUGCUUUGCUAUGGGAUUUAUUGGGGAUGAUAGGGAGUACAUCGCUGCCAUUGAAGAGGCAAGUCAUUGGGGAUCUGGGCAUUAUCUGAGGUUACUUUUUGUUCAUAUGCUACUAUCAAGCAGCUUGAAUAGACCAACACAUGUUUGGAAAAAAACAUGGCAAUUAUUAUCGGACGGCAUAUUAUAUGAACAACGUAGAAUCGCAAACAAUAGAGAGAUGAUUUUGUCAAAUGAAGAAUUGAUCAAUUUGACAUUGGUAGAAGUUGAAAAAUUACUUCAAAAGAACAGGAAGAGUUUAUCCGAUUUUGUGGGAAUGCCACAGCCAAAUGGAUAUGUUGUUCAGCAAUUAGGCAACAGGUUGAUUUAUGAUGAACGUAACUACGACAUCAUAGAACAACGUCAAGAAUACAAUACAUUAUAUCAACAUCUCACAGCUUCUCUCUUGCUACCGGGAGGUAGAACAGCACAUUCAAUGUUCAAAAUUCCAAUCCCAACAUUGGAGGAAUCCAUAUGUGACAUCCCAAAGAAUACUGAACGAGCCGAGUUGCUUCGGUCAGCCAAGUUAAUUAUCUGGGACGAAGCUCCAAUGGCUAACAAGUACUGUUUUGAAGCACUGGAUAAAACCCUUAAGGACCUUAUGUCAGACACAAAGCCUUCCAAGUCUAUAUUUGGUGGUAAAGUUGUUGUUUUUGGCGGGGAUUUUCGUCAGAUCCUUCCUGUUAUUCCAAGGGGCAGCCGUUCUGACAUCAUUCACGCGAGCAUCAACUCUUCAUACAUAUGGGAUCACUGCAAAGUUCUCAGACUAACAAAAAACAUGCGUUUGUUGCAAUCCACCACACCUUCAAGUUCAACAGAAUUAGAAGAGUUUUCAAAUUGGACUUUAGAUGUUGGAGAUGGAAAACUGGCUGAACCGAAUGAUGGAUAUGCAGAUAUUGACAUACCAAAGGACAUGUUGAUAUCCAAUUUUGAUGAACCGAUAAAGGCAAUUAUAGAUUCAACCUAUCCUGACUUUCUGCAGAAUUACAAAGAUCCCCAAUACCUUCAAUGUAGAGCAAUAUUGGCUGGAACUUUAGAGACAGUUGAUGUCGUAAAUCGUUAUGCGCUAGAUAUGAUUCCAGGAGAUGAAAAGAUUUAUUUGAGCUCCGACUCAGUUGAUCAAAUGGACGCUGAUGCUUCUGAUUCUUUUGAUGCUUUGACAACGGAAUUUUUGAACACCCUGACGGCAUCCGGUCUUCCACAACACAGCAUUAGACUUAAAGUUGGCACCCCUAUAAUGCUCCUGAGAAACAUCGAUCAAUCUGAAGGGUUGUGCAACGGUACAAGACUCAUUGUUACAAAAUUGGCCGACCAUGUUAUAGAGGCAAGGAUUAUCUCCGGUAAAAAUAUAGGAAGUUCAUUUUAUAUUCCAAGAAUGGAUAUCUCUCCAACACAAUCACCCUGGCCUUUUAAAUUAACAAGAAGGCAAUUUCCAAUCAUUGUGUCCUACGCAAUGACGAUUAACAAGUCGCAAGGUCAGUCGUUAGACUAUGUUGGGUUGUAUCUGCCAAGGAAUGUCUUCAGCCACGGUCAGUUGUACGUUGCAAUAUCAAGAGUGAAAAGCAAAAACGGUCUCAAGAUACUAAUCCACAACAAAGACAAUGAAGCGGCAGGCACUACCACCAACGUGGUAUUCAAAGAAGUAUUUGAAAAUGUCUAA